CUCUUUUUUUUUUUUUUUUUUUUUUUUUUUAUUACCAAAAUGAAUAAUACUAGACCAAAGAGUAUUUUGAAAUAUAAACCUGAAAACAACACAGAAACAGCAUUGUCGCCUUUACCGUCACCAACAACGUCAUGGUUCUCUCGUUUACAGUCCAAGUUGUAUUCUUCCAAUUUAAACAAUAAUGAGGAAGACAGUGAGGAAUAUAAACGGUCGCUGUUAUUACCAAAGCAGGACUUGAGAAAAGUAACAUUUUCUGUUGGCAACCUGACGAUUGAACAUUUCUUUUGUUCUCAAGAUUCCCCUAGAGAUGAAGAGUAUGAGAAAGAGAAGCAGGCCUCCAUUGUUUUAAAAAAGCUGCAGGAUACAAACCAAGUUCUUGACUUGGCAAGCCAUUAUGAGCACGCCUGUAUCCAAAGAGAAGAAGGUGUUAUAGACCGGUUUAGGAAUAUCUUGAAAGCAAGCCGAACUUCUCAACUGAAAUCCAUAGACUUGUCUAAACAAACUAUUGCUUCGAAUCAAGCAGGGCCUGUUUCCGAUAUUUUUAUUCUAAGAUUCGGUCUAUCACACCUGAACUUAUCAAACUGUAAAUUGGAGGAUGAGACCAUCCGUAUAUUACUAUGUAGUCUAUUGGUAAGUAACACCGUAGAGCAUCUGAAUCUAUCACAGAACAAUUUCAAAUCCAAGGGCUUUAAAUACAUUGCCAUUUUUAUAAAAGAGUCUAAAACUAUUAAAUCCAUCGACUUGUCACACUCCACAAUAGAAAAAAUGGGAAUGCAGUUUCUUGCACAAGGUAUUAAGCAUGCUACAAGCUUAAAUAAACUGAUACUGGAUGAUUGCAAUAUAAAGCCGCCACCAGAAUCCUUUGAGAUAUUUUCUGAAGGAGUCUAUCAAUCAAAGUCGUUAAAGAUUCUUUCAUUUCGUAACUACAUCACAUCAGCUGGAUCAACCACAUGGAUUUCUAACCUUGUUAACAGCGAUCAUGGCGGCCUCAUCGACUUGGAUUUAUCUGGAAAUGACCUGAGUUCAAUUGUCUCUCCUUUGGCUUCCGCAUUACGUAAUAAUCAUACCCUUCAGAACCUUUGUCUCUCAAACUGUAAAAUAACGCAUGAGGGCUUAUCCCAUUUAUCGAAUGCUCUGGGAGAAAACGUGUGUCUACAAUCUCUAGACUUGUCAAAUAACCCAUUAAGCGGAGAAGCAGAUGAGGGUAUAUUGAGUUUAAAAAGUGCCCUGUCUCGUAAUUCUUGUUUACAAAGCUUAAAUCUAUCCAAUACCCAACUUGACUCCAGUACUGCCAUCGCAUUAGCUGAAUCAUUACCCGAGAAUUAUCAUCUUUCAAGACUGGAUUUAUCCAAGAAUCCCAAUAUUGAAAUGGCUGGUAUUUUGGCGUUAGCAGUAUCUAUUAAAAUGAACAAUACCCUUACAUUUCUCGACAUCAAUAUACCGCCUAGUGAUGAAGAAUUAGCUAACCUACAGAAUGAUAUUGUCGCUGUCUGUACUACAAAUAUGCUUCAAAAAGUGGAGGCACAAAAAAGGUCAGAGGAAAAAGUCAUUCUGAAUGAAGAAAUAACCACACUCUCGCCAUCCUCUUCUUCAUCUUCUUCCUCUUCUUCAUCAUCGACCAUGGAAGCGGCCGUGGUUGAACUCCCAUCUGAAGAACUUUUAUUAGCCGCUAAAAAAGCCUUGGACGGUCCACAAUCCCCGCAGUUGACUAUACAAGACACAAGUGAUACGGUAUAAAUGGUGAAUGAAUAAAAUGUGUUAACAUCGUGUAACUGUUCAAAAUGUCGUGUAACAAUACACGAAAGCUCCUCCCCUUUUUUCCUGAUUACUGUUGCUUUGU